UCCAAAUCUGUGAUCUACAUAUUCUCUUGUUUAAAGCAAGAUCUCCUUCUACGAAGUCAAAAGCAUGCAUGGGUGUAAAAGUUUCCUUCCCAGAUAAUGCAUAAAAAAAGACAAAAAGGUAUCUUAUUUUAGAUGAUUCUUUAUUUAAAGAAAAAUCUCACUCAAUCAAAAUCUUAGCUUCACCCCGAGAUAUAAAAAUAUUCAGGGUCCUUUCCGACUGCAUCAAAUUCUAUUCAUGGUUUAAUUUAAUUGGAUUGGAGUUCUGGAUAUUGCCAAAUUCAAGCCAUGUAUGGUUUUCUACCACAUAUUUUCUGAAGUAGAUAGAAAGCAGAGACAGGUAACUAAACUUCGGUUAGUAUAGGGAGAGAGUUGUAAUUGUAAAAUCAAUGGGGAUUUUCUUUUUUGGGGGGGGGGUAAGUUUUGUGAUUUUGCUUCACUCCUGCACUUGCUGCAAGCAAAAUCUUCCCUUUCACCAAAACCAAGCCUUCUCUGAAAGACCCCUUCUUAGAGUGAUGAAGGGCCCACCCUUCCAUGGGAAUCCUCUUCAUCCCAAUAGAACCUGAGAGUCCCUUUCUUUUUCUUUCUACUUCCAUUCUUUGUUUAAACAAAAUUUGAUCCUUUUUUGGUUUAGAAUAUUAUCUUAUUCUUAUUGAUGGAAAUGGCACUUGAAUCUUUUUUUCUGAGCCAACCCAGUUUUAUUUCUUCAACAAAGUCCUCACCUUUCAAGUUUUUUAAUCGAAAUUUGAAGUUCCCAUCAAAGUUUUUAUCCAAAAUAAAGAAUUGCCCAACUCCUCAAUUCUCCAGCUUUCCCAAUCCCCGAGUUUUCAAGUCCUUUGGAUUGCCAAAAACCGGUUCUUCUGGAGAUCAAACACGUUUGGGGUUGUCAAGUGAAGAAAAUGAACAGAAGUUGAGUUGGCUGAGAAAGGGAAUUUUGGGGGCAAUGGUUUGUGGUAUUUUAAUCCUUGGAUGCAAAAGGGUGUUUGCUGUAGAAGAAGUGGUUAAUGCUGGUUAUGUGGUGAUUGGGAAGUCCAUGUUGCUGUUGAGAAAUGCUUGGCCUAAGGCAUCUAUGAUUCUGAAAGUAUUCAAGGAGCAAGGUGUGGUUUUGACACUGCUUUUAGGUCUGUCUGCCUUCUUCUCAAUGGCUGAGACUGCUAUAACUACAUUAUGGCCCUGGAAGAUACGUGAGCUGGCGGAAAAAGAGUCCGAAGAUGGUGUGUUCAAAAUGCUUCGUAGUGAUGUAACUCGGUUUCUCACUACCAUUCUUAUAGGCACCACUGCGUCCAAUAUUGGAGCAACCGCUUUAGUCACAGAUGCUGCAACUGAAAUAUUUGGAGAAGCUGGUGUUAGUGCUGCAACUGGAGUAAUGACUGUUGCCAUAUUGCUUCUCACUGAGAUCACACCAAAGAGUGUAGCUGUUCACAAUCCCACAGAAGUUGCCAGAUUUGUGGUCAGGCCAGUGGCAUGGCUUUCUGUAAUACUAUAUCCAAUCGGAAGAGUUGUCACAUAUCUAUCCAUGGGAAUGCUCAAAAUUCUUGGUCUAAAAGGAAAAAGUGAACCUUAUGUUACUGAAGAUGAAUUGAAGCUAAUGUUACGAGGGGCAGAGUUGAGUGGAGCAAUAGAGGAGGAGGAACAGGAUAUGAUUGAAAAUGUCUUAGAGACAAAAGAUACCCAUGUUAGAGAGGUGAUGACACCUCUUAUCGAUGUUGUCGCAAUUGAUGCAAGCUCGACUCUUGUUGAGUUCCACAAUUUGUGGUUAACUCAAGAAUAUUCAAGGGUGCCCGUUUUCGAGCAGCGUGUUGAUAAUAUAGUUGGCAUUGCAUAUGCUAUGGAUCUACUAGAUUAUGUUGCAAAGGGUGAACUGCUAGAAAGUAUUACUGUGGGAGAUAUGGCUCACAAACCUGCAUACUUUGUGCCUGAUUCAAUGUCGGUCUGGAAUCUUCUUAGAGAGUUUCGCAUUAGGAAGGUUCAUAUGGCUGUUGUUCUUAACGAGUAUGGUGGAACUGUUGGAAUAGUCACCUUGGAAGAUGUGGUUGAGGAGAUUGUUGGUGAAAUAUUCGACGAAAAUGAUUCUAAAGAGGAGAUCCAGAAGAAAACUGGCUAUAUUGUAAUGCGAGCAGAGGGUAUCUUUGAUGUUGAUGCUAAUACUUCUAUUUAUCAACUUUCUGAAGAUCUAAAUAUCAAAUUGCCAGAAGAACAUCAGUAUGAGACAGUGUCAGGUUUUGUUUGUGAGGCCUUUGGAUAUAUACCAAGGACAGGUGAGAGUAUUAAGGUAGUCCUUGGAAAGGAGGACGAAGAAGAUGAUGAGGAUUCCGAAGCUGGAUCUGAUCAUCAUGAUUCAAAGGAAAGGCAUCAAAUUUAUAAACUCAAGAUAUUGGCAGGAAAUGCCCGAAAAGUAAGUGCCGUUAGAUUUGAAUGUAUAAACAAUGAGGAAUUUCUAUUAGAUACCAUGGAGGUAACUCCAAAGGUUCCAAAAAUCAUGAAGAGGAAACGAAGCAAUGAUGAAGACUCAAAUAAUGGUAACAAUGGUGAAGAAGAUGCAUUUGGAAAGAGGCAAGAGGAUGACCUCUCAGAUCACUAUAUAACUGCUGAUCAUAAUGAGAAUAAAGAAAGUCCUUAUGGACAGUAGUUAUAUAUAUAUUACACUAUUUCUUUUUAUCUCAUUACCCCCCCCCCCCAAACCCCCGGAAGGCUGCCCUUUUUCCCUUACCAUUUUCUUACAGGUCCAUAAGAAGAUGUAAAGACUCCAAAAACUGGAGAACGAAACAAAAAUAUGAGAAUAGACUAACAUUGUACAGUUGUUCACAGAUGAAGUGAUGUGUCAACAUCUGAAUCACUAAAUGUAGAUGUAUGCAAGACCAUAUCUCUCUGCUGUAAGUUCGACAAUAUCGGAGUCUCAAUAACCUGACGUCGAUUUUGCAUGCUAGAUUCACUGUGUACAGAUCCUUGGAGAGGUGGUCUAGGCUGAAGGAUCAAUUCGGAAUGGAAAAACAAUUGAGAUGCUUCAUUCGGUGUGCCUUGAUUGAUCCUCUCCGCUUCAGAUAGCAACCGUAAAACCUCUCUUUCCUGCCUCAAUUCCUUAGCUCUCUGCAACCGUCGGAACCUCUCUUGCAAGAGAGCAAUGGAAGAAUGAACAUCUGGUUCACUCUGCCUUCCCAUCAGAAAAUUAAACUAGAGCCUAUCAAUGGUACUGAGGAGAAUGCUCAUAAGGUGAUCUGAGGUUGCUUUAUUCUUAUAUAUAUAGGACAUUUAUAAGCUUUAAAAGCGUUAAUCUAUUCAAUGUAAGCCCCUUCAAUUGAUUUUAAAUGAUGUAGAAGGAAGGAAAAAAAAAAAGUAGAAUCGGCCGCUGAGAUGUAAAGUCCAAGCAGGCAGAGUUAUGUGGCAAUAUGUUGAGGUAAAAAUAGAUGAUAGGAAGAAAAGGGUAUGAUAAAAAAUCCAAACUGAGAUGGAAUGUAGCAUUUGGAUGUGAUUCUUUUUGCAGAAUAAAA